AUGUUAGUAUUCAUGGAGUUACUGUUAAUAGUAUUGCCUGAAGUGGUAUGCAAGGAUCCUGGCCUUCAAUGUGACUUUCAUCAGCCUCUUCCUAUUCGGCACACCUAUCAUCAGCUUGGAGACAUUAAUAUUGCUGGUAUUAUUUCCGCCUUCUUUGCAUCUUCUAGUCCCAUUAAUUUUAUUCAAGAUCCUUUUCAGGGAUUUCAUCAUGUAGUUUUAAUAGUUUUUCAGAAUUACCAGCAUAUUCUGGCUUUAGCCUUUACUAUAAAAGAGAUCAAUGAAAAUCCUCAUAUCCUACCCAACAUCACGCUGGGCUUCCACAUUUUUAACAGCAAUUUUAGUCCAACCUGGGCUUACUUCACCUCAAUGGUUCUGCCUUUCACUCAGGGAAAAUUCAUCCCUAACUACAAGUGUGGGGUCCCAAAUAUCUUGGCUGCAGUCAUUGGGGCACCUGACAUCUCUCUUCACAUAGCAACUGUGCUCUGCAUCUACAAAAUUCCUCAGUUGACCUAUGGCUCUGCCCCUGUCAUGGAUAAAGAGACUCAAGCAGUUUUCUUCCAACAAAUGUUUCCGAAUGAAUCCCACCAACGCAAGGGCCUCCUGCAGUUAUUGCUCUAUUUUAGUUGGCUCUGGAUUGGAAUUCUUGUAGUAAAGGAUGAGAAAGGAGAGAAAUUUCUCCAGGAGGUGCUCUUAACAUUUUCCGAGUAUGGCAUCUGCAUUGAAUUCAUAGAAGAGUUCCCAAAUGUAGCUUUUUACAGUGAUUUUACUGAUACCAUUGAUGAAGGAUUACAUAUAUACCAUGUUCUCAUGAACAGCACAACCAAUGUGAUAAUCUUAUAUGGUGAAAUUCAGUCCUUAUCAGUUCUGAGAACUUUCCUCCAGUUUUCAGAAGUGGAGGAUAUACCAAAGAAGAAUAAGAUCUGGCUUAUAACAGCUCAGAAAGAUUACACUUCAAUUGCCGUUCAUAAAUUUUGGGAUAUCCAUUUCCUACAUGGUGCUUUAUCCUUUGCAGUUCACACAAAAGAAGUCCAAAACUUCCAGGAAUUUCUUCAAAAUCUAAAUCCAAGCAACAAUCAGAAUGAUCAUUUUCGGAAAGUUUUCUGGGAACAGGCAUUCAGUUGUUUCUUCUCAAACUCAAAAAUGGAGGAGUCUGACAAAAAAUGUACCGGACAGGAGAAGCUUGACACUCUUCCCACAUCUGUGUUUGAAACAUGCAUGAGUGGCCAGAGUUACAAUAUUUACAAUGCAGUUCAUUUUUUUCUGAGACGUGUCAGAUUCAAUAAUAGUGUUGGUGAAAAGAUCUCCUUUGAUAAAAAUGGAGAAUUCAUUGGUGGAUAUGAUAUUAUCAACUGGAUCACAUUCCCAAACCAGUCCUUUCUUAGAGUCAAAGUUGGAAUGAUAGAUCCUACAACUUCAGCAGACAAGUUCUUCAAUAUUUCUGUCGAUUCCAUUAUGUGGCCAGUAGGCUUUAAUCAGGCAUUACCUUUAUCUUUGUGUAAUGAUCCUUGUGAGACAGGCUACAGCAAGGCCAAGAAAGAAGGGGAGUCCUUUUGCUGCUAUGAUUGCCACCUAUGUCCAGAAGGGAAAAUAUCAAAGGAGAAGGAUAUACAUGACUGCUCUCCAUGUCCAGAAGAUCAAUAUCCAAAUCCUGACAAAAAUAUGUGCCUUCCAAAGCGGAUCACCUUUUUGUCCUAUGAAGAACCCUUGGGAAUCAGUCUGACUGUUCUUUCUCUUUGCUUUUCAUCGAUAACAACUUUGGUAAUCACAAUUUUUGCAAAAAACAAAGACACUCCUAUUGUCAAAGCCAACAACCGGAAUCUCACCUACAGUCUCUUAGUUUCCCUCCUUCUCUCUUUCCUUUGUGUCUUUCUAUUUAUUGGGAGACCUGAUAAGAUUGUGUGUCUCCUUCGACAACCAGCUUUUGGCCUCAUCUUUUCUGUGGCAGUUUCUUGUAUAUUGGCCAAAACCUUUGUUGUGGUUCUAGCAUUCAUGGCCACCAAACCUGGUUCCAAAUUGAGGAAAUGGGUGGGGGGAAGAAUGGUCAGUUUCAUUCUUCUAUCCUGCUCCCUUGUACAAGUAUGUUUUUGUGCUGUGUGGCUGAUAAUGUUCCCACCAUAUCCAGAUUUUGAUGCACAUUCCAUGUAUGAAGAAGUCAUCAUGGAAUGCAAUGAAAACUCAGUCAUGUUCUGCUGUGUUUUGGGCUUUAUGGGUUUUCUUGCUCUGCUUAGCUUCUCUGCUGCUUUUCUAGCUAGGAAGUUACCUGACAGUUUCAAUGAAGCCAAAUUCAUCACCUUCAGCAUGUUGGUCUUCUGCAGUGUUUGGCUGUGCUUUAUUCCAACCUAUCUAAGCACAAAGGGAAAAUAUACAUUAGCUGUGGAGAUGUUCUCCAUGAUCUCCUCUAGUGCUGGCUUAUUGGUGUGUAUCUUUUUCCCCAAGUGUUUUAUCAUAUUGAUCAGACCCGAACUGAACAAUAAACAACAGCUGAUGAAAAGAAAGUUUUAG